CGCCCUCAAAGCACCCUCUGGUGCACUGGGCCGUCGUUAGACGCUGUCCAACCGUCCGUCCUCGGCCGGCGCCCUCCCCCCCCCCCCGCCAGUCCGUCUCCGACCCCGUCGGCCGUCACCCCGCCGACGCUCCUGGCGACGCCGCUGGCGAGACACGGAUAUAAGGCGCCGAGCCGAUGCGCACACGGCUGAGGGUCAGUCGAGGCUGCGAUGGGACCAGCGCAGCUCUCCGGACCGGCCCAGGAACAUCAACAGCCGAAACCAGCAGACAACAGCCGACGCCAGCCGUCAAACAGCACCGACCGGACAUCAUGAAAAUGCAGCACACGUGCUCGACCGCUGGGCGGGACUGGACGCCGACAUUGGUGUCCAGUGUGGCCGUUGCACUGGCCUGUCUCGUCAGCUGCGGGUACAGCAUUGUCGUCCUGAACGCCCCUCAGCAGGUUCUGAUGAAGAUGGCCAACGCGUCGGUGUCGGAGGACUUCGGCGUCGUGCUGGACGCCAGCUCUCUGGACCUCCUCUGGGGGGCUGUGGUGACCGUGGUUUUCGCCGGCGCCACGGUCGGCGCCAUGGUCGGUGGCUCCGUCGCAGAUCGUAUCGGACGCAAGCUGUCGAUCGUGGUUAUUGAAAUAGUGCUUGCCACCUCGGGCAUUCUGCUGUUCAUCGGGUACGAAAAGAAGCACGUCCACUGGUUCUUCCUGGGAAGAAUCAUCGGGGGUUUCGCAACAGGUCUGACGUCAUCUGUCUGUCCGCUGUACGUGCAUGAGGUGGCGCCUCCGCGGCUGCGCAGUGUGCUCGGCAUCGUGACCAACCUGGGCUUCUGCAUGGGCUUCCUGCUGGCGCAGGUUCUGGGACUGCCCGAAGUGCUCGGCCGCCCGGACACGGUGCAGUACCUGCUGGUGGCGUUUCUGAUCCCCACACUCGGCGCCGCCGCACUCCUGCCCUUCUGCCCCGAGAGCCCCAAGUACCUGCUCGUCAACAAAGGAAGCGAGCCGGACGCGCUCUCAGCGCUGAGCCGUCUGCGCGGGCUGCCGCCUCAUGCGCUGUCCUCCGAGCUGAGCGACCACCAGGCCGAGGCCAAGCUGACGGCAGAGACGCCGCGCUGGACGCUGCGGGCACUGCUGGCCGACGCCGUGUGCCGGCGCCGGCUCCUGGCGCUGCUGGUCAUCUGCGUCGGCCAGCCCUCAUCCGGCAUCACGGCCGUGUUCUUCUUUUCCACGGCCAUUUUCCAGCGGGCCGGCCUGAGCCAGUCGCAGGCGGCGCUCGCCGCGGUGGGCUACGGCGUGGCGAAUGUGGCGCUGACGCUGCUGCUCGGCCUGGGCGUGGCGCGCGUGCCGCUGAAGCGUCUGCUGACGGCCAGCUGCCUCGGCUCCGCCGUCUGCCUGGCCGCCUUCGCUGGAGCGCUCCGCCUUAUGGAGUGGUACAACUGGGCGGCCGCCUGUGCCGUCAUCUUCCUCAUCGCGUUCGUCAUGUCGUUCGCCUCCGGAUUUGGCACCAUUCCUUGGAUGCUCGGCACCGAGCUGUUCGAGCAGGGUCCGCGGGCGCUAGCCGUCUCCGCCGGCUCAGCUGCGAUCUGGGUGUCCAACUGUUUCAUCGGCCUCCUGUUUCCCGUCAUCUACGCUCAAACUGGUGUUGCCUGCUUCAUUUUCUUCUUGGCUUGGUGCCUCCUGUCGGCGUACGUGGCACACUUUCACCUGCCAAUGUCGCCACCAGAGUGCAGCCCAGCAAAGGACAUAGAAACCGUCCCCGUGUGAACAUUGCUUUCAAAGGUGGCAUGAUGCGACGCAUUUGGCUUAUAGUAAAUGUGCGUGCAUGCUCUUUGUGUGAUGAUAUGCUUUUCAGAUCAGUAACACGUUCCUCCACCUUCACAAAGACUUGUUGUGAUGCCUCCUUGUCACUCGGAUCUGAACCACGCGACACCCGUGCCGCCGCCGUAACACCUACACCGGGUGUACCUGGGCCGCUCCGGAUGUCCCCGGGGCGACCAUAGGAGGCGGCCGCCAUCCGGCGACUCUGGUGACGGCCAUCGCCAGACGCUGCCCGCUUCUUGUACACACGGCAGCACCGCACCGUCUAGCACCGGUGUGGGAGCUGCAGGGUUGGAGCUCCUGGGCCUUGGUCCUCAGCUUCUCAUCGUUCAAGCUAUCACUAUGUGUCGGAGGCUUCUUAUUGAUCGGUUGCGGUGAUAUGGGUGAUCAAUAAAGAAUGACCAAAAAACUA